AUGCCGGUGUCGCGGCGUGCGGGCGCCCUUGCCGUCUUUCUGGUGUCCUCCUCUGCCUGCUGCGUUGCAUGCGCGGUUGUUGCAGGGAUUUUGGCUCGGUGGUGCAGCGUCUCAGAGAGUUCUCGCUGGGGGCCGAACUCCAAGGCGACACGGCGGGCGACCCUGCGCCGCCAUCCACCUCCGCCCCCAGGCCGCGCCUCCGGUGGCUGCCGCCGUGGCGAAGAUCCGGGCAGCGGCAACGGCCUGCUCUACUCAGCUCGCCCCUCCCUCGCCCACCUACCUAUCUCUUCCCCUCCGCCUCCCACCUCCUCUCGGCCACAAACCUCGUCGCGCCCUUCGCCGCCGCCGGCCACCGGGGCUGGAUCCGGCCUUCUCCUCGCCGGAUCUGAGGUACCCAGCCCGGAUCGAAUCAGGUGGGUUCGCGUCGUCGCCGCCGCCGCUUGCCCCGGGGUGACAUGCCUCGCUCGUCCCUCGGCCGGAGAUUUCAGGUGCGGCGACCUCCCCCACCUCAGCGUCCUCGUCGCGCUGCUCGGCCCGGCGCCCCCCGCGCGCCGGCGGGCCUUCUGCGCUCCCCGAGCAGCCGAACAAAGCAGUCUCCAGAGCACUCCCCAUGGCGACGGGAGCUGCGGCGGCCCCUGUGGCCCUGUCGUUCUGACUGUAGUGCCGAGGGUGGUCAUCCCCUGCCAUGGCUGCAAGAAUAAGGUCCGGAAGGUGCUCAGGAGCGUCGAAGGUGUGCAGAGCGUGAUGGUGGAAGCCGCGCAGCUCAAGGUGACGGUGACGGGCACCAUGGACGUCGCCACGCUCGUCCAGAGGCUGCACAAGUCCGGCAAGAACGGGAUUGAAUCGAUGGGAGCAUUGAGGCAUCAAAUUAUGGAGCACUGUGCUUCUACAACCAGUCAACCUGAGUUCAGCGCUGGGAAUCGACGGAUCGCUGAUGCUGCUGCACAAGAACAGAGGCCAGGCCUGGCAACGGCGGCAAGGUGCAGCAAGGGCCGUGUUCUGCACCGCAACAGUUUCUCUCUUGCACCAUAUCAACGAGGCAGCUGCAGCUACGACCACAAGGACAAGACCGAGGACAUUAGCAAGCUCAAACAAUUGCACGACAUGAUAUUUAUGGAGUAAUAAUUUACGUGUAGCUUGAAACACUUAAAAUACAUGUACUACUGAGCAUGUGCUGAUCAAGCUAAAAUUUUGCAUGAAAAUAAUGAUAGCAUGAUGUACUCCGUAGCUAUCACAAGUUUAGUGCAAAAUAUAUGUGCAUGCAUCAAAGAAUUUGAGAUUUCUUACUCUGUAAAAUUGCAUGCAUCAUAUAGAAUUUGCACCAAAAUAUGUGCAUAUUAUCUAUCAUUCAUUUUUUUAAUAUUUUUUGAUAUAUGAAAAUGAUGUGUAUAUCCAUGUUA